AAAACCGGAAUUGAAGCUGUCACCAAAAUUCCUAAUAAACCCUUGACGUUUACCUUCCAUUGAACCGACUCCCUUCCACCAGAAGUCAAGAUGGUAUUCCAGUCUCCCAUUCUACGACAGUCCUACAAGAGCCCCUAUGGGCCUAAGUACCACCUCCAACCGAACGUUGCGGGUUGGACAUUCAAGCAACUUGGCAGCCUUGGCUUUAAGGCUGGUGCCUUCGGAGGUGUAGCCCUCUUCGCCGUCAUAUUCUACGCAUCCGGUAUCCCCAGAGUAAAGCGCGACAUCCUACAAAAGGUCCCCUUCAUCGGAGGUCACUUCAUCAAGGAGACCCCCGCUUCGGACAACCCCUUUUAAAUUGGUCUGGGCUGGUGGCUUCUACUAGAUGUGAAAAGGAGAGCGCAAUGCCGGCUGGGGUAGAGCGUCUAUGGCGAACCUCUGUACAAACAUGACAUCCGAAUAGAUCUCUUAAAACUCACAGUACCGUUGUAAAGAAACAAACAUCGGCAGGA